CUACGGUAACGCGGCUCGAUUGCUACCAGGACGGAAAUAAACCUUGUAUUUCCUUGUGAUACUGUUUUAGUUAUUAGCAUCACAGCUGCAACGAUGUCGUUCCUGUCCUACAACCUCAACCGAACCAACCGCGUCGAUGUCCUGGGCGACGACGACGUAUUCCGCAUUGGACGCGUAGUGGAUGUGGCCGACAACGGACUCUUCGAAUUCGUUGACUUCUUCUGUCCCAACCGACGACGCGAACUCACACCCUUCAACCGGAUUUUCCUGAAUGUCGAUUGGGAGUUCAGUCAAGAUGCUCUUGCCCUAGCAUACGUGGGUACCGAACCCGGCAAGCCCACCUCCGUGGACGUGCUAGUGCCCGAGACGCCCUCCGGUCCGUGGGCAUGCGUCUCCGGGUUGAUCGUCAACGUUGCGCGCCCUGUUCGGCCCAGGCGCAUGUCUCGACCGUUGUCCAUUGGGUCAACGGCGUGGCCUGUACGGAUGUGGUUCCGCUGGAGCGAUUGCGUUGGACGGUGAACAGCGAGUGGUGGGCUACUAUCGGCAGGAACGCUUCCGUCCGGCAUGAUGGUGUCUCGACAACUCACGGGCUGUCUGCUCGACUUGACCCCGUUGAGGCCGGGACGUUUCACAAGCGCAGUCUAUUGUUAUCGGGAGCGGAAGACUGGCGUCAUGUGGACGUGGAUAAACUGUCCAGCCGCCUGAAUGAGAGAGUGUGCCGUCGGGAAGAUUACCCGUGUCGUUAUGUUUCUUUCGUGGGUAUAGCGGACGGGCAUCUGUCGUACGUUUGGCGAUAUGUUGAUUUUUUACGAUGGCCGACCACGGGCCCUUUCCAGAACAUUUCGCUUUAUCCUGAUCCUGUUCAGAACUUCAUCCGUAAAUGCGACGGCGCAUUAGUCGCAGGCAUCCGAGCAAUUAUCCUGCAGCUGACAGAAGAAAUUACUUCGAUUACGGAGCCCGAGGAUAGCAGUGACAUCGGUUUGUUGACAGUGGAUGUGUUGCUGGAAGUAUUUUCCCAACUGGAUACCCGAACGCAGACUGGCUUGCGCACCGUGUGUUUCACAUGGAACGCCGUUUUGGAAUCUCCCGUGUUAACGGCCGGCAUCGUUAUUAUUGGCUUCGGAAGUCACCAUUAUCGACCAUACCGUCCUCAGCUGCAUUACUUUCUGACGUCACCCGUGUUCAAGUGCUUUCGCCAAUCCACGCAGCACAUCGUCGUAGCCGCUCGCGACAACUGGAUGCAGACCCGCGAUUUUCUGACGCUGGCGGAGACGAUGCACUAUGUUAGCCAGACAACGGGGCAUCGCGUGCUAACGGUCUAUUUGGUGGGACUCCAGUUGAAACUGCAAUUCAACCGCCACCUGGAUUCAUACGAUAAAUGCCCCAUGCAUGAGCCCAGCUUCGGGAGUACCAGUUAUUCCUACCCGGGUCCAUGUCGCCUCGCAGAUUUCAUCGCCGCCUGUACUGAUCUGCCAUGCCAAGCUAUUCGGCUGGUUAUCUGCACGGUUCUUUUGGAUUACGCUAGCUCAGAGCAGGUGUACCUGCCUAACCACUUGUUGGUGUACCUGCCUUCGGUUCGGUUGCCGCUUGGUGGUGAUGUGGACCGCUUGAUAUGGGGCGUACUGGGAACACGCGUGCCGACGCCGAAUGCGGAGCAGCUGGACACGUUGGCGACGUGGCUGGCGUCCCUCAAUGCUGGGACCAGCCGUUCUCAGCGGAGACUGGCCUGUCGAGCAGUGUGCGCGACGCAAACAGCAGACCCGCGCCCCUCUUCGCAUUACCGCGGCAAGGAGUGGUGCGUGGCCGGCCUGAGAGAGCUGCGGUUGGAGAACCUGUCCUCGAUUGCGCUGCACUUCCUGGUCGAACUGGCAGAGUAUUUUGAUGGAAUGCGGGCAAGCAGUGACGACUCAGACAGCGGCUCCGAUGUGCCAGAUGAACCGAUGGAUGACGAGUUUGUUUUCUGCUCUUUGAAGUCCGUUUCGUGUUGA